AUGUCUGAGGAACCAGGCAAGUAUCCUGAAAAGGGGAAACGUGAUGGCAGCAACAUCUCAUCUAUAUCACGAUCCGAACAGAUUGCAAAAGCGGCCGAAAUUUUGGGUGUGGAGAAAGGUGAAACAAUAUCGGCCGAUGACGAGUUAUUGGCAUCCCUGGGAUAUCGAGCUGAACUAAAACGCGAAUUCUCAUACACCACUGUCUUCGGACAAAGUUUUGGUUCUAUGGGUAUCGCUCCAGCAAUUGCUGAGAGUAUGGUUUUCAGUUUAGGCAGUGCCGGGAGUGUGGGAAUGGUAUGGACGUAUCUGGUUGGAUGUUUGUUGCUUAUUCCAGUGGCAUUGAGCCUGGGGGAAUUAGGAAGCAGCAUGCCUACUUCCGGAGGAUUGUAUUAUGCAAGUUGUCGAUACCCGAAAAUGAUUGAUUGA